GCGGCCAUAAGGUUCCAACUCUUGCUCGACAUCCUGUUCCUUGCCCCCAACUAAAAAGUAAGAAGAGUUGCCCAUCUUGGCGUUACAACCACAGAGAUCCCAAAAAUGAGUUAUUAUUGCUUUAUCCUUAACAGCUAAAUAAUAAUUACAUGGUAAACUCUUCACGGUUGGACUUGCUACGUGGAAUAUCAUCAUCUCUUCAACUAAAUUGUGUUCUUUGUCUCUCAUGUGAACCGGCCUCAAAAUUCAAGCCCACCUCGUGCCGAACUCAGUUUACUCUGCAUUACAUUUCCACGCUUCUCUUCCUCCAUAGACUAACCAGAAGAGCACAUUCCUCCCUCCUGAACCCACCACCAUUCCUAGACCUCAUCGGCCGAAAUGUCGGUCCAAUAUUUCUGGCAAUGGUUUCCUUUGCUAUUUUUCUAUCUAACAUUGAGCAUGCUCAUUUCUCCGUCAAAAUCAGAUGAUCAGUUUCAAAUGCUUUUGAAGUUCAAGUCUGCAGUUCAACAUUCAAAAACAAACGUGUUCACCACAUGGACACAGGAAAAUUCAGUGUGCAGCUUCACUGGAAUUGUUUGUAACAAGAAUCGAUUUGUCACCGAAAUCAAUCUUCCUCAACAACAACUAGAGGGUGUUCUUCCAUUUGAUGCAAUUUGUGGACUACGAUCGCUAGAGAAAAUCUCGAUGGGGUCAAAUUCUUUGCAUGGUGGCAUCACUGAGGACCUGAAACAUUGUACAAGCUUGCAGGUCUUGGAUUUGGGUAACAAUUCGUUUACUGGGAAGGUGCCUGACUUGUUUACUUUACAAAAGCUGAAGAUCUUGAGUAUAAACACCAGUGGAUUUUCGGGGCCUUUUCCGUGGCGUUCAUUGGAAAAUCUUACCAAUCUUGCUUUUUUAAGCCUUGGUGACAAUCCAUUUGAUGUAACAAGCUCAUUUCCUGUUGAGCUUUUAAAGCUUGACAAGUUGUAUUGGCUUUAUCUGUCAAACUGCAGCAUUAAAGGGCAGAUACCAGAGGGCAUUUCAAAUCUUACCCUGCUUGAAAAUCUUGAACUCUCGGAUAAUCAGUUGUUCGGAGAGAUCCCAGCUGGGAUUGGGAAACUCAGCAAGCUUCGGCAACUUGAGCUUUACAAUAAUUCCUUGACAGGAAAACUUCCUACGGGAUUUGGAAAUCUUACAAGUCUAGUGAAUUUUGAUGCUUCACAUAAUAGGCUUGAAGGUGAGCUCGUGGAGUUGAAACCCUUGAAACUCCUUGCUUCCUUGCACCUCUUUGAAAACCAAUUCACUGGCGAGAUUCCUGAGGAGUUUGGUGAACUCAAGUACCUUGAAAAGUUCUCUCUUUAUACGAACAAGCUCACCGGUCCACUUCCUCAAAAACUAGGCUCGUGGGCAGAUUUUGCUUACAUUGAUGUUUCAGAGAAUUUCUUGACAGGUCGUAUUCCUCCAGACAUGUGCAAGAACGGCAAAAUGACUGAUCUUCUGAUUCUGCAAAACAAUUUCACAGGCCAAGUCCCAGAAAGCUAUGCGAAUUGUAAGUCUCUUGUACGCUUUCGUGUAAGCAAGAAUUCUCUUUCAGGUUAUAUUCCUGCCGGAAUAUGGGGUAUGCCAAACCUUUUCAUUGUUGAUUUUAGUAUGAACCAAUUUGAAGGUCCUGUGACACCUGAUAUCGGCAAUGCAAAGUCUCUUGCUAUAGUAAAUCUAGCUAACAAUCGGUUUUCUGGUACAUUGCCUUCUACCAUUUCUCAGACUUCUUCAUUAGUGUCAAUCCAGUUGAGUUCAAACAGAUUUUCUGGUGAAAUACCUUCAACAAUUGGUGAAUUGAAGAAACUGAACAGUCUUUAUUUGACUGGAAACAUGUUCUCUGGUGCCAUACCAGACUCAUUAGGUUCAUGUGUCUCUCUCACUGAUAUAAACCUCUCUGGCAAUUCGUUUUCUGGGAAUAUCCCAGAGAGUCUUGGAUCUUUGCCAACGUUAAACUCCUUGAAUUUGUCCAACAACAAACUUUCUGGUGAAAUUCCAGUUUCUUUGUCACAUCUAAAACUAAGCAAUCUUGACCUAUCAAAUAACCAGUUGAUUGGUCCCGUACCCGACUCUUUCUCUCUCGAGGCUUUUCGUGAAGGUUUUGAUGGAAAUCCAGGUUUGUGUAGCCAAAAUCUGAAGAAUCUUCAACCAUGUUCACGCAAUGCUAGGACAUCUAAUCAGCUUCGAGUAUUUGUAUCUUGUUUUGUUGCUGGGUUGCUAGUUUUGGUCAUCUUUUCUUGUUGUUUCUUGUUCUUGAAAUUGAGGCAAAACAAUCUUGCUCAUCCAUUGAAGCAGAGUUCUUGGAAAAUGAAAUCUUUUAGGAUACUAAGUUUCAGUGAAAGUGACGUUAUCGAUGCCAUCAAAUCAGAGAAUUUGAUUGGCAAAGGUGGAUCAGGAAACGUGUACAAAGUUGUGCUUGAUAAUGGCAAUGAACUGGCUGUAAAACAUAUCUGGACAGCAAAUUCCAUCGACCGGACAGGUUUCAGGAGCAGCUCAGCCAUGCUGACAAAAAGGAAUUCGCGGUCGCCAGAGUAUGAUGCUGAGGUUGCCACAUUGAGUAAUGUGAGGCAUGUGAAUGUGGUGAAGCUAUACUGUAGCAUCACAAGUGAUGAUUGCAACCUGUUGGUCUAUGAAUAUCUACCUAAUGGAAGCUUGUGGGAUCGGCUACACUCUUGUCACAAGAUCAAGAUGGGGUGGGAGUUGAGGUAUUCAAUUGCUGCUGGGGCUGCAAGGGGAUUGGAGUACUUGCAUCAUGGGUUUGACAGACCAGUGAUUCACAGGGAUGUGAAGUCGAGUAAUAUUCUCUUGGAUGAAGAGUGGAAGCCUAGGAUUGCUGAUUUUGGACUAGCAAAGAUUGUGCAGGCUGGUGGUCAAGGGGAUUGGACUCAUGUCAUUGCUGGAACUCACGGAUACAUAGCUCCUGAGUACGCAUACACAUGCAAGGUAAAUGAGAAGAGUGAUGUGUACAGCUUUGGUGUAGUCCUGAUGGAACUGGUGACGGGAAAAAGGCCUAUAGAACCGGAAUUUGGAGAAAACAAGGACAUAGUGUACUGGGUUUGCAGCAAACUGGAGAGCAAAGAGAGUGCGCUUCAAGUGGUGGACUCAAACAUCUCAGAGGUAUUCAAGGAGGAUGCCAUCAAAAUGUUGAGAAUUGCUAUUCACUGCACAUCAAAAAUCCCAGCACUUAGACCCUCAAUGAGAAUGGUAGUUCAUAUGCUGGAAGAGGUUGAGCCUCUUCAACUCACGGACGUUGUUGUUGUCGAUAAAGUAAGUGGAAGUUGUUCAAAGGAGAAAGUGAACACUGGUAGCAUAUCUGAUCCAAGCAGUUAGAGUAGGAGGUUAGUUUUUUUUAUGGGAGGCCUUGUAGGUUUUUUUUAUGCAAUAAACCUGUAACUUUGAGCUUGUGAAAGUGCAAUAGGCUUAAAUAUCUCUCCUUGUAAGAGUUAUAUAGUAACUUUUAUAUCAAGAAUGUGAUAUAUUUUCUCGUGCAAA